AUGAUUAAAAAUUGUAUAAAUAAACAAACUACAAAAAAUUAUUUUAAUAUUUUAAUAUCAGAAUUAAAUAAUAACUAUAAAAAUGUUCAACUUUUAACAUUUUCAAAUCUUUUUAUAAAUAAUAAUAAUAAUAAAUAUCAAUAUAAUAAUUAUUCAAGAAAACCACCAAAAUUUGAUCAAGAAGAAGAAGAAGAAAAAAGUAAUAGAUCAAUUAAAAGAGAUAGACAAUAUAAUAAAUUAUUAACAUUACCUGGUAGAAAUUUAAAACAACAAUUAAAAAUUUUAAAAGAUAAUCCAAUUGAAGUUUUAAAAAAAGUUAAAGAAGUACCAAUGUCAGAAUUUUUAGAAGUUAAAGCAUUUGAUAUUAAAGAAAAAAUUGAAAAUAUUGAAAAUUUAAAUGAAAAAGAGAUUAAACAAAAAGAAAGAGAAAUUAAAAAGAUAAAGAAUCAAAUAGUUUUUGAAAUGUCAAGAGAGGAAACAUCAUUUGAUAAUAUUUAUAUGGUUGAUUGUUUAUCGAAAAUGAAUUAUGCAAUUCAUGAAAUUAAAAAAGAGAAAUUGAUUGGAUUAGAUAUUGAAGCCAUUGAAAUGGGUAAAAAAGGUGAUAUUUCAUUGGUUCAAAUUUCAACACCCAAUGGUAGAAUCUAUCUUUUUGAUAUUAUUAAAAUGGGUGCUAAUGUAACACCAUUCAAGUAUGGUUUAAAAGAGGUUUUAGAAUCUGUUAAAAUUUUAAAGGUUGUACAUGAUUGUAGACGUGAUAGUGAAAUUCUAUUCCAUCGUUAUCAAGUUGCAUUGGCUCACGUUUAUGAUGUUCAAAUCGCUCAUGCUUUGGUUCAAAAAAAGAUUCAAGGUAAUAUUCCAAUUCGUCGUUAUGGUUUCAAUGAAUUGAUUGAUCUAUAUACCUCUAGAAAAUAUUCAGAAAUUUGUAUUGAUAUUAAAUUUAAAGUGAAACAACAAUUUGAAAAUCAACCUGAAGUUUGGGCAAAAAGACCUUUACCAAAAGAUUUCAUUGAUUAUGCAAGUUUAGAUGCCGCUUGUUUAUUACCAAUUUAUUAUCAUAUUAAACCAAAAUUACAAUCAAAUUUUGAUCGUAGAUUUUUAAAAACUCAUUUUAAUGAACAAUUAACUUAUUUUAAAGAUUCAAUUAGACAAUUAUAUCCAAGAAAUUUAAUUUAA